UGCUCCUCUUCCAAGACAGGGGGUUUGCUGUUGUGAGGGCUGCUCUUUCCUGGGGGAGGGAAUGGGAAGGGCUCACCUGGUGGCUGCCCUGGUGGUGCUCAGCCUUGGCUUGAGUGUCUGGCAUACUGGCUGGGCCCGAAUAUUUGUGCGUGGAGCCAAGCGGGUGGGGAGGGAAGAAGGGGGAAAGAGCUACCAGCAAAAAAGUGGUUAACAGAACAGAGUUGCUGCAGGCUCUGGUUUGAGGCAGGUUAUGAAACCACAUCAGGGCCCGGCACUAAGCAGCCACCUGCCAGCUGUGGCAGCAGAAGUUUUUAGCUCAGCUCCUGUAGACCUAGUCGACCUGUGCCAGCCUCUUCUCUCUGUUUCUCCCCAUCUAGGGGAGGGGUCGGUUGGUUGGUUUACUAAUGGAAGUGAUAUGUGCCCGUAGUCACAUGAAAGUCUCAAGAGUGUUUCCUGGCUGCCAGUCUUUUUGUUAGUUUAUUGAUCUCUUCUUUUUCAGGGGUGUCUGGUGGUUUCCUGCUCUCAGGGUACCUAGUGUUUAGGCUUCAGGAAGAAACUUUUGGGGGUGUCGGCUGGGACCUAGGUCUAGUCUUUUCCUAGGCUCAUCGAAUUUUGUUGGCUGCCCUGUGAAAGCCAGAAAGGGGUGUGGGGUCCUGUGGUCUGGGAUUCCACGAGGCUUUUGGCACUCUUGGACAACUACUAGGAAGGGUUAGUGGGCUUUCUACACCAGCACCUCUGUAGGUGUGGGUUACAGAGAGGUGAUGGGGUGGCGGUUUCAGGUCAGACUUGGGACGCUGUUUCCCUCUUCUUAGAGGUAAGUCCUUCAGAGCCCUCACUUCUCAGCCACAUGCCACCCUCUCGUCUCAGGUGAAGGCUUUUGCGUAGUAGCUGUCCCAGGGGCUGCUAGAGUAGCUGAAGCCCCAAGGCCCUGGGAAGAUAAACAGUGGGAGCCAGCUCUGGCUUUCUAAAUGCUAGGAUUUCUGUUAGGCUCCAUUAUCCAGCCUCAUGGGCUGCACUGAUGGGUCCCAGGAGCAUCCCUGCAAUCAGAGUGUGCCCCAGGCUGGCGCACAGGUGUUUGCUUGUUGGGAUGGUGUGUUGUGGGUCACGUUUGCCCUGAGGUCUCUAAGCUUGGAGCUGUCUGAGAAGAGGAAACUUGCUCCUCUUAUCCUGGAAGUAAAGAACUGGCCCCUGAGGAUUCAGGCUCCUGUGCAGGGCCCUCAGGGAUCUGGGGACAGCCAAGCUCUGGACAAGGGGCAGAUCAUUCCGCCCCUUCCUUCUCUACUUCCCUCUGCUCACUGUGGGUUGCGGCCACCUCCUGGUUCCUCCUGCUGCAGGACUCCCACCGUUGGUGCUGGGCAGGGGAAGGCAUGGUGCUAAUGUACACCUGGAAACAGGUGCUGAGAGGGGAGACUGAGUCCUCCUAAGUUGGGGUUUGGGGAGAUCCAGAAUUGAAAAAAUUAGAGGAGAACAGUGGAGAGGGGCAGCAGGAUGAAUGUGGGCACAGCGCACAGCGAGGUGAACCCCAACACGCGGGUGAUGAACAGCCGCGGCAUCUGGCUCUCCUACGUGCUGGCCAUCGGUCUCCUCCACGUUGUGCUGCUGAGCAUCCCCUUCGUGAGUGUGCCUGUCGUCUGGACCCUCACCAACCUCAUCCACAACAUGGGCAUGUAUAUCUUCCUGCACACGGUGAAGGGGACACCCUUUGAGACCCCGGACCAGGGCAAGGCGAGGCUGCUAACCCACUGGGAGCAGAUGGACUAUGGGGUCCAGUUCACGGCCUCUCGGAAGUUCUUGACCAUCACACCCAUCGUGUUGUACUUCCUCACCAGCUUCUACACUAAGUACGACCAGAUCCAUUUCGUCCUCAACACUGUGUCUCUGAUGAGCGUGCUCAUCCCCAAGCUGCCCCAGCUCCACGGAGUCCGGAUUUUUGGAAUCAAUAAGUACUGAGGGUGCAGCCCCUUCCCCUGCCCAGGGUGGCAGGGGAGGGGUAGGGUAAAAGGCAUGUGCUGCGACACUGAAGACAGAAAGAAGAAGCCUCUGGACACUGCCAGAGAUGGGGGUUGAGCCUCUGGGCCUAGUUUCCCCCCUGGCUUCCCCCAGUAGCCAACUUGGAGUAGCUUGUAGUGGGGUUGGGGUAGGCCCCCCGGGCUCUGACUUUUUCUGAAGUUUUUGAUCUUUUCCUUUUGCUUUUUGAAUAGAGACUCCAUGGAGGUGGUCAUGGAAUGGGCUUGGCUCCUGGGCUGAACAUGGACCACGCAGUUGGGACAGGAGGCCAGGGGAAAAACCCCUGCUCACUUGUUUGCCCUCAGGCAGCCAAAGCACUUUAACCCCUGUGAAGGGAGCAGAGGGCGGUACGGCUUCUGGAUUGUGUCACUGUGAUUCCUAGGUUUUUUCGAUGACACGCAGUGUGUGCUUUUGUGUAUGGAAGCAAGUGUGGGAUGGGGCCUUGCCCUUCUGGGUAGAGAGCUGUCUGAUCCAAGUCUCAGGCUUCUGGCAGCUUCCCUGCAGCGCACCCGGGGUCCUGGGUGGGAGUGGGGAGCGUCAGGUUGGGGGAGAUGGGGUGGAGUGUGGAUGGCUUGGUCCCAGAGGUGAGGGGCCAGGAUUGCUGCCAUCCUGGCCUGGUGGAGGUUGGGGAGCUGUAGGGGGUUAAUGAGUCGAGACUUAGAAGAAUGGGGCCACAUAGCAGCAGAGGACUGGUGUAAGGGAGGGAGGGGUAGGGACACAAGGUAGACCCAGUCUCCUUUGGGAUGUGGGCAGGGAGGGAAGCAGGCUUGGAGGGUUGAUUUACCCACAGAAUGUGAUAGUAAUAGGGGAGGGAGGCUGCUGUGGGCUUAACUCCUGGGUUGGCUGUUGGGUGGACAGGUGGGGAAAAGGCCCAUGAGUCAUUGUAAGCCCAGGUCCAACUUGGCCCUGACUCCCACAGGGGUACGGGGAAGCUGUGACAGAAACAAUGGAUGCUGUGGUCCUCUGCAGGCCCUCACCCCUUAGCUUCCUCAUGCAGACUGGCACUGGGCAGGGCCUCUUAUGUGGCAGGCACAUGUGGCGCUGUGAGGCCACCCCACGUGGGGUCGGUGGUGAGAGUCCUGUAGGAUCCCUGCUGAAGCAGCACAGAGGAAGGAGCAAGGCGUGGCCUGUAGGCACCGUCUCAGCCUGCAGAGAAGAAAGUGAGGGCGGGAGCCUGAGCCUGGGCCGGGGCCUCCUCCCUCCCCAGUUCGACUAGGGACAGUGUUAAUUUUGAAAAGGCGUGGGUCCCUGUGUCCUCUUCCAGGGGCCUGAGGGAGCAGGAGAGGUCACUGGGCCUGUUUUCUGCCUCCUGGCCCUGCAUCUCCCACCCCAUGUAUCAUAGGGAACUUUCACCUUAAAAUCUUUCUAAGCAAAGUGUGAAUAGGAUUUUUACUCCCUUUGUACAGUAUUCUGAGAAACGCAAAUAAAAGGGCAACAUGUUCCUGUUU